AUGGCUUCUGCCUCAGAAGGGCACGACAGAGACCGUCACCAUGAUAUGGCUUCGCCCCAGCCAAAGAAAGAAUCUUGGUGGAAGAUUCAUCCCUUCCGAGGCAUGGUCAAAGAUGUCCGCCGAAGACUACCUUACUACGUGAGUGACUGGACUGACGCUUGGGAUUAUCGAGUUGUCCCUGCUACUGUCUACAUGUACUUUGCCAACAUCUUGCCCGCGUUGGCAUUCUCUCUCGACAUGUUUCAAAAGACAGGUUCAAACUAUGGCGUUAACGAAGUUCUUCUAUCGUCUGUACUGGGGGCGGUUGUCUUCUCCCUGUUUGCUGCCCAGCCGCUGGUUAUUGUGGGUGUGACGGGUCCUAUCACCGUCUUCAAUUAUACCGUCUAUGAUAUCAUGAAACCUACAGGUGUGAACUACAUCGGUUUCAUGUGCUGGAUUGGCAUAUGGUCCCUCAUCCUUCACUGGAUCCUCGCCAUAACAAACUCUUGUAACUGGCUUCGAUGGGUUACGCGUUUCCCCUGCGACAUCUUCGGUUUCUACGUCGCCUUCAUUUACCUCCAGAAGGGAAUACAAGUUCUCGAACACCUCGGUAGAGGCCAAGAGUUCUACCUUUCUAUCGUCGCAGCUCUUCUUGUCUUUAUGGUCGCAUAUAUCUGUGGUGAACUUGGUGGCAGCAGCCUUUUUCGACAUCCCCUGCGCAUCUUCUUAAAGGACUAUGGCACACCGUUGACCAUCAUUUUCUUCACCGGUUUUGUUCAUAUCGGUCGUAUGCAGGAGGUCGAUCUUGAGGUUUUGCCAACCGGUAUCGCUUUUGAGCCGACGAGUGGCCGAGAUUGGCUUGUCAACUUUUGGGAUCUGAGCGUGGGCGAUAUCUUCCUAGCGUUGCCUUUUGCAGUCCUCUUAACCAUUCUCUUCUGGUUUGACCAUAAUGUUUCUUCACUUAUCGCCCAGGGUAGCGAGUUUCCCCUACGCAAACCUGCUGGUUUUCACUGGGAUGUUUUCCUUCUUGGUUUGACAACCGGUGUUGCUGGCAUUCUCGGUCUACCAUUCCCCAAUGGUCUUAUCCCUCAAGCUCCCUUCCACACUGAAUCCCUCUGCGUCACUAAAGCCGUCAAGGAGGACGAUUCAGACGGCAGCCCAGGAGAUGGUGGCUACUCUUUUGAAGCUACACAUGUCGUUGAGCAACGUGUUUCCAACAUUGCUCAAGGCCUGCUAACACUAGGCACUAUGACCGGCCCUCUUCUUGUGGUUCUUCACCUCAUCCCUCACGGUGUCCUUGCAGGCUUGUUCUUUAUCAUGGGUGUCCAAGCUCUCGAGGGCAACGGUAUAACCGCCAAGCUCGUCUUCCUCGCCAAAGACCGCGCCCUUACGCCUGCAUCUAGCCCUUUGCUGCGGAUCCGUCGACGUGCAGCUAUUUGGUACUUCGUCCUCAUAGAGCUCGUUAGCUUCGGCGCCACAUUCGCCAUCACACAGACUGUUGCCGCCGUGGGCUUCCCAGUCUUCAUCUUCGCUCUUAUCCCGAUACGUGCUCUUGUUCUCCCUAGAAUCUUCUCUGCUGAAGAGCUCUCUCUUCUCGAUGAGCCUACGGCUUCCGACUUCAUCAUGGAGGGUAUCGGCGGUUCUUGGGGUGGCAAAGACGAGGAGAAAUCCGCGUCGCAACAGGGAGGCCCUCAUGAACGAUCAGAGAACCACGACAGUGUCCUUGCGCGCUCUGGAGCACAGAGCAAGAUCCAAGAGGAUCUUGCGGAGCUGGGACAAAUGCAAUCUGGACGAAGCACAGGUACCAGGAGAAGGAGCUUAGACAGACGACCACAACGACACUCGGACGUAUAG